AUGCCUGCAAAAAAGAUGCCCUUGGCAGGUGUGCACGUAGGCAAUCCCGCAGACUGGAACCUUAGCAAGAUAGUCGGUUUAAUCAUACCGGAGACACAUACUGCCAUCCCGCAUCCUCAGGAAUUUUCACAACACGAGUCACUUUAUCUCGAAAAUGCAGAACUCAAGCAGGAGAUGGAAGUACUACGGCAAGAAAGCCAGACUUUGAGGAAUAACUGGUAUGACAUGGAGAGCAAGCGUGAUAUUGAAGUCGCAGUGCUCACCACACGACUUGAGCAGAUAGAGACAUUGUAUCAACAACUUCUUAAGCGCAUGGAUGUGUUAGCUACUACAACUGGGAGUCUCUCACAAGACCCCUUCCUCGGGCUUUAUCGCAUGGCCUGUGAUGCUGAUAAGAAACUACCUACAUAUCAACGAGAGGAUUACCAUGGCGCGUAUUAUUGGACAAAGGAGAGACGGCGGCGGGGGUACCAAAAUGGCCGUGGUGUUCUUACUGUCAAGAAGUCGUCAAAGUCGGUGGAUAUCCGGCCCAAAGAAGAUAGCCGAGUCAAGGUGAAGCGAGAAAAAGUGGACACCAUGAAUGUCAAGAUCGAACAAGUAACUCAAGACCCCACAUCUGCUGCAGUGCCUUCCACAUUUAAACGGCCCCAGUCAAUUGCUAUAUCGCCUCUAGUGCGCAUCUCGAAGAAGAAGAAAGAAGUUCAUUGCACCCCCUCUCCCCCAGUGUUCUCUUCUGUGCCCUCUGCUGCUCAUCACCAUACAUGUCUGAUUGCCAAAACAACUCAAAUUGAUGAUAUGCCUGAAAAACCUGCCUUUGAGCAUAUCUCCAACGAACCCUUCGGAGCAGCUCGUGAUGACCCUGUUGCUUUUGGGCCCACUGCUCUCGAGAAGCCAAUUGACCUUACUACUUCAGAUGCUAAUGCUCAGUUGUCUGAACCUGCCAUAAUUACGAAUCCACUCGAGGGUCUGUUUCCAGACCGAUCAGACAGCCAUUCCGCAGAUAUCAUCUCCAUACCUGGGCCUUCCAGCAUUACUAUGGCGCAUAUAGCAAGCACCUCUGUUGGCGACAUGGGUCCGAGUCCUGGCAACGCACAUUCACAGCCACAAGCUCCGUCUUUUAUGCAAUACUUAUCAAAAGUGAUGCAUGCCAAUGCUACACUGGUUCCCGCAAACGUCGCCGUACCCACACAGAACACUGGCGUGAAGUUCGAGAAUGACGAUGCAGCUGCAGAGGCCAAAUGCACCAAGAAGAAGGAAGUAGUACCAGUAAAGCAAUCUACUCGUGCCACGGCAAAGAUUUUUCACAAAAGUCUCUGUCGAAUAGAUUGUUGCCAGUACCACACUGAAGGCUCGAACGGACAGUUCGAGACAUAUUGGAAGAAGCUCGAUGCUUCCGUCAAACAGAUUCUUAUUGUUCUUUCUAUUUAA